AUGGGGUUCGACGACAUCUCCAAUGGUCAUGAUUCCGGCAAGGUCAUCGAUUCCGAUGGCGAGAAGGUCUACGCCGCCCCGCCGCCAUUUGAGGGGGAUAUGGUGGGCGAGAUGAGCGAGGCCGAGCGCAACAUCUACGACCAUGGCAUCAAGAGAUUUAGUCGUCUGGGUUGGAAGCGACUCACCGUGGUGCUCAUCGUUGAGGCCAUUGCGCUAGGUAGUCUGUCCAUCCCUUCGACCUUCGCCGCGCUAGGCAUGGUGGCCGGCGUCAUUAGCUGUGUGGGUCUGGGUCUGGUAGCCAUCUAUACCAGUUACAUCGUCGGUCAGGUCAAGCUGGUGUUCCCCCAGGUGGCCAAUUAUGCGGAUGCGGGUCGCCUGAUGUGGGGUCGCUUUGGCUAUGAGCUCAUCAACCUGAUGCUCGCGCUACAGCUCAUCUUCCUUACGGGGUCCCACUGUCUGACGGGAACGAUUGCCUUCAUGAACAUCACCGAGAGUGGUAUCUGCUCGGUGGUCUUUGCGGUUGUGUCUGCGAUCAUUCUGCUCUUGCUGGCGAUACCGCCCAGUUUCACUGAGGUUGCGAUUCUCGGCUAUGUGGAUUUCGCAUCGAUUGUCAUUGCGAUUGGUAUCACCAUUAUCGGGACCGGUGUGGAUGCGACCAACGCGCCGGGUGGCCUCGCGGCCGUGAACUGGUCCGCGUGGCCGAAACCCGACCUCACCUUCACCGACGCGUUCAUUGCGGUCUCCAACAUUAUCUUCGCCUAUAGCUUCGCGAUGUGCCAGUUUUCCUUUAUGGAUGAAAUGCACACCCCGGGCGAUUUCGUCAAGUCGAUCUGGACCCUCGGUAUCACCGAAAUCAUUAUCUACACGGUGACAGGUGCGACCAUCUACGCGUUUGUGGGCCAGGAUGUGAAGAGCCCGGCGCUCCUCUCGGCGGGAAGCCUUCUGAGCCGAGUUGCAUUCGGCGUUGCCCUACCCGUGAUCUUUAUCAGUGGGUCGAUCAAUACCGUGGUCUUCGGACGUCUAGUUCACGGUCGGAUUUUUGCCAACUCGCCCAUUCGGUUCAUCAACACCCGGAUGGGCUGGAUCACCUGGUUGGCCGUCAUUACCGCGGCCACGAUCAUCGCCUUCAUCAUCGCGGAGGUGAUUCCCUUCUUUAACGAUUUGCUGUCGAUCUCCUCCGCCUUGUUCAUCUCGGGCUUUACCUUCUACUUCCCCGCGCUGAUGUGGUUCCUCCUUCUCCGCAAGGGCGGCUGGACCGAAGGCCGGAACCUGAUUCUGGCCAUCAUCAACGGCUUUAUCCUGAUUAUUGGCCUGGUGAUUCUGGUGGCCGGCACCUAUUCGAGUAUCGACGACAUUAUCAACAACUACAAGAGUGGCUCCGUGCGGGGUGUUUUCACCUGUGCGGCCCCGGAAUAG